AUGUGCAGGGCCUUGGGGCUGGCCCUGCUUGCUCUGGUCAGUGCUGUGAGCCCAAGCCAGGCCAGCAGCUUCACAGAGAAAGGCCUGUCCUUGUUGAGCUACCAGCUGUGUAACCACCGCGUGACCCGCAGCGUGCGGAGGGUGGAGGCUGUGCAGACGUCCCACGUGAUCUACGUGGCUUGCGGUGGCUGGAUCCCGUGGAGGCGGUGCCCCAAGACCGUUUAUAGGACGGAGAACGUGGUGGUGGACGUUCCCGAACCCAGGAAUGUGACCGACUGCUGUGCAGGCUACGAGCAACUCGGCCUCUACUGUGUCCUGUCCCUGAAUCAGUCGGAGGAAUUCACAUCCAGACCAGGGGCCUGCCCGACAGCAGAUCCAGCACCAUCCAACUUCUCAUGCAGCUUGGACACCGACUGUCCUGGACUUCAGAAAUGCUGCCCCUGGUCAGGCAGGCACCACUGCAUGGCCCCCACACCCCCAGCUCCAGAGACGAGCCUGGGCAGCUUCUGGUACAAUGUCACUGUGCUGGUGAAGAUGGACUUCAAGGAGCUGGAGCAAGUGGACCCCAGACUGCUGAACCACGUGCGGCUUCUGUACUCCCUGGUCACCAGUGCCUUGCAGCCACUGGACUCCACAGUCCACUACCUGCUCUCGACCAGUGGAGACCCCUCCACCACAGUGUCGUGGCUAUUGCUGGGCCUGCCACAGCUGUUGCCGGUGGCCGACAUCUCUACCAUGCUGGAUGACAUCGUGAGGCGGGUCUAUGAAGUGAUCGGCAUCCGGGUGCAAGACGUAAAUGAAUGUGCCUAUGAUGAGCUCAAUGCCUGCUCUGCGGGGGAACGAUGCACCAACCUGGAAGGCUCAUACCAGUGUGUCUGUCCCCAGGGAUCUCCGCUGGCCUCAGCUCCCCAGGAGCUGGAUCACAUGAAUGACGACUGCCCUCCAAUCAGUGACUUCAUGGUCCGCCAUGUCAGCAGCAGCAGUUUCCACGUGUCCUGGCGUGUAAAUUCCACCCGGAACCUCACUUUCCAUGUGCAGGUGUUCAGGGGUCAGGAGCUGCUCAGGAGUGCCAAGACCCAGGGCCUGGACCUGGCAGUGGCUGGGCUGGAGGCCGGAACACUGUACGGGGUGAGGACCAGCUACCAGGGCUGCGGGGACAAUGUGUCCGCAGCACUGACAGUCAAAACCGAUGCCCGAGUGUUUGAAGUCAUAAUAAGGAUCGUAAAUCUCAACCUGACAGAGAAGUUGCUCAACCGCAGCAGCGUGGAGUACCAAGAUUUUUCUAGACAACUGCUUCUCGAGGUCGCCACCUCCUUCCCGCCGGCGGUUUCUGCCUUGCACCACCGUGAGAAGCUGAGGAUGCAGAUCGUGUCUCUGCGGGCGGGAAGCAUGGUCGUGAGGCUCAGACUCACAGUGCAGGACCCUGAGUUUCCAGUGGGCAUCUCCACGCUGUCCCCCAUGCUCCAGCUCCUGUUGGCAAGCACAGUGUUCCAGAUUGACCAGCGGGGGACACAUGUGCAAGACUGGGACGAGUGUGCAGACAGCUCGGAGCAUGACUGCUCGCCAGCUGCCCGCUGCAUCAACCUCGAGGGCUCCUACACCUGCCAGUGUCUCACUGCCAGGGACGCCAACCCCUCCCGGGUGGGCAGGGCCUGUGAAGGUGACGUGGCGAGCCCCACGGGCAGUGUCCUAUCUUUGGCCACUGGAGUAACAGCCCCCACUCUCAGCACAGGAGCAGCAGCCCAGGGCCUGGAGACCCACACUUUGUCAGCCACCCCCAGCCACCGGUGGGACACCCUGGAGGCAGGCCAGGCCCAGACCCCAGGGUCCCCUCCCAGGAGAGGGGACAUUGGUGGUAUCAGGCAUGAUGGGAAUGGCACGCCGCGAGGAGAUGAGGAGGCACUCAGUUUGCUGGGAAACUCCAGCACAGAGCCCCUCUCCUGGCCCACACCUACUGAGGGCCCCACCGGGCACGUCCUGUGGCAUGACAGCCUCCCUACUCGGGAAACACUUUGGAACUCCACGUGGCUGCAGAAUGAGGACCCCGCACGCUCUCACCCCCUAGACCUGCCAUCAGCCCCCACAUCUCUGAAGCUCCCCACCUGUGGCCCCGUGUCAAUCACAAGGAUAAGAGUUUCCAAUGUGACCAGCACUGGCUUCCACCUGGCAUGGGCAGCGGGCCCUGCCCUGCACCCCACCUUCCAGAUCCUCCUGAUUUCAACACGGGGCCCAGCUGUGGGCCUGGAGACCUGGAACACAAGUGUGGCGCUGCUGGGGCUGGAGCCCGGCGUCUUGUACCUGGUGGAGAUAGUGGCCUCGGCAUGUGGGGAGGAAGGUGCCAGGGCACUCCUGAGAGUGAGGACAGCGGCCCAGAAACUCCGUGGACAGGUCAGAAUAGCAAACGUCCCGUACUCAGAGGCGCUGGGCAACACCAGCAGCGGGGAGCACCAGGACCUGCUGGGCCUGUUCUUCAGGGCGGUGCGGGACGCCUUGCCAGCCCCCCUGCUCCAGCACAUGGACGCCGGCGGGAUCAGGAUGGAGGUCACCAGCGUCACCAACGGCAGCAUCAUUGUGGAGUUUCACCUGCUGAUUAUGUCGGACGUGGAUGUCCGGGAGGUGUCUGCCUCGUUCCGCACGGCCUUACAGAACACAUCUGUGCUGGAGGUGGUCAGGGGCGACACCUUCAUAUGGGAUUACGAUGAAUGUGAGUGGAAGGAGGAUGACUGCCAACCAGGGACUUCUUGUCAGAACACCCUCGGGUCUUUCACUUGCAGCUGUGAUGGAGGAGCCCUUGGAAAUUCUCAUUUCCAAGUGGAAUAUUCUGGAAGAACCUGUGAAGGUGACUCUCCUGGCAGGGCAACCCAGGCCCCUGACCCAGAUUGGCUUUGGAGCCCUGCAGGGACCAGGGCUGCCCUUACACAAAGUGCCACCGCCAGCCCCCAUGGCCCGCCCCCACGGCUGAACCUGACUGGGGCGGUCAGGGUGCUCUGUGAGAUCGAGAAGGUGGCCAUCGCCAUCCAGAAGCGCUUCCUGCAGCAGGAGUCCAUCCCCGAGUCCUCCCUGUACCUGGGACACCCCUCCUGCAACGUCAGCGACAGCAACAGCACACAUGUACUCCUGGUGGCCGGCUGGGGCGAGUGUGGGACCAUCGUGCAAAGUAACACGACGAACACGGUGGUGAGGACCACGCUGAGGAACGACCGAUCCCCGGAGGUGGUCAUGCACUCCCUGAAGAUCCUCAGCCCCAUCCGCUGUGCCUUCCAGAACGACCUGCUGGCCUCCUCGGGCUACACCCCACAGUGGGGGGUCUACACCAUCAUUGAGGACCUCCAUGGCGCUGGGAAUUUUGUUACCGAGAUGCAGUUAUUUAUUGGAGAUUCUCCCAUACCUCAAAAUUACAGCGUGUCUGCCAGUGAUGAUGUCAAGAUCGAAGUGGGGCUCUACAGACAGAAGAGUGGCCUCAAGGUGGUCCUGACAGAGUGCUGGGCAACCCCGUCGAGCAACGCCAGGGACCCCGUCACCUUCGGGUUCAUUAACAACAGCUGCCCUGUCCCCAACACAUACACCAGCGUGAUUGAGAACGGCAACUCCAACAAGGCCCAGUUUAAGCUGAAAAUCUUUUCCUUUAUCAACAACUCCAUUGUCUACCUGCACUGCAAGCUGCGUGUCUGCAUGGAGUCCCCGGGAGCCACCUGCAAGAUUAAUUGCAAUGAUUUUCGGCUUCUGAAAAGUAGUGAAAACUCUGUCACAUACCAGACAUCUUGGGGACCCCUCCUUCGGUCUGAAGGCGAGGCUCCAGGUGCAGAAGCAGGCCUGGGAGCCGGCUAUUUCGCCCUCAUCGUGGUGGCCAUCUUUGUCCUGCUGGCAGGGGCAGCUGCCCUUCUGAUUGUUCGCUUUCGGAGAAUGAACAGAAAAUACAACGUCAAGAUCCAGGCCGACAACUUCAGCUACCAGGCGUUUCGUGAAUGA